AUGUCAGACUGGGACGCAUCGGACAAUGAGGCACCUGCUUCCAAGGCACCCGUAGUGCAUAAGAAGUCUAAAUGGGAAGAGGAGGAAGAAGACGACAACGUUGCAGAUGACUGGGAUGUUUCCGAAGAGGAAUCUGCUGCACCUACGCCUGCUCCCGUCGCUCCACCGAAAAAAAAGGGCACCCUCAAGCAAAAAAUUGCCCAGAAGGAGGCUGCCAAAUCUGCGCGAGCCGCCAAUGGGCUGGACAGUGAUGCUGACGAUGAUGAGGUUGAUGAGGCUGAGAAGCGGAGGCUGGAAAGAGAAAUGGAAUUGGCGGCCGAUCUCAACAAUGCAGCCGACCUGCUUGGUGGACCAAGCGCAGUAAAUGGGCAAGGCGCGGCGCCUUCCGAACUACACGAGAUUUUGACGGCGAAUCCCAAGACGAAAGAAGACUUCCAGAAGCUCUCGACCUUGAUAUACGAACGGCUCAUCAAGCCGCACGAGUCCAAACCACUUUUUGCCACCUUCAUUGAGCUGCAUGUGCGUGAGAUUGCGCAGUCGUUGAGGGACGUGGACGUUCGACGGGCAGCCACUGCACUGACUACGCUUUCAAACGAGAAAAUGAAGGAGAAGACACAGACAGGGAAGAAAAAGACUAAGGCGGCUGCGAAGCCCAUUCUCGGUGCUGCGAAAGCUGGUAGAAUCGACACCUCUGCCUACGACGAGUCUUUGGACGACUUCGGCAAGGAGAAGGACGACUUCAUGUGA